AUGCGCCAUCUGGGCUCGCUCGUCUCAGUCUUCCUCCUCUUCUUCGGCACAUCAGCAGGGGCCACCAUACCGUCGAACAAGUCCUCAAACACCCGAGAUCCACUCCUCGAUCAUAACGACUGCCAAUUCUACGGAUAUAUGGAGGGUGACAGCGAAAUGUGGAAUGUCUACGGAGUUGAAAUCGCCGGAUGGGGCAACAACGGCAUCCCCGGCACCUGCGCUGCUGCCGUCCCGAUAAACUUACAACAACAAUGUCUGACCGAAGUCUUCGACUGGGAAUGUCAUGACGUCCGCGAGAACCUGCACGACACGGCUUUCAGCUUCAGAAUCUUGAAGUCCGCCCGAUCUCAACCGGCUUGUGUCAACGAAGCCAUUCGGCUGGCAAGUCAGACUGCUCUUCAGGAACAGAUUCACGUUACUUAUCGGCCAAAGGGUGGACGCAACGAACUACUCGAGACCGGCGAUCACGAUAAAGAAAUCACCGCUAUGUGCACCCAAUCGCAGCUUCCAGAACCACAAGACAUAGUGUCUUCGGCUAGCAAGCUUCCCCGGAUCAUCAAUCAGAUCAAGCUCCAAGCGCCAUCCAUCUCCGAGGUCUAUGCCCAACCCCACUGCCAAACGAUAUCCCGAGAACUGCCGUUCCCCGUUCUCCAGGAAUCCGACUUCAGCAGUCAUACCGCGCUGAUCUGGAAGAUUUCUCAGCAAAGAGCAAGGAAAACAAGGGCCGAUAGCAACGAAGCCUAA